CCAUAGAUGAAUGCAAUGGCAGAGUUCUUCACAAUGGAUCAUCAAUCACACCAAAUUUUUGGAGAUGACAAAGUGAAAAUGGUGAUCAACACAUUACCACCAAAUGGGGGAAGUGGCACAUUCAGCUACUCCAAAAAUUCCUACUUUCAGAAACGAAGUUCAAGUGUUGAAGAGAGUAAGAUUGAAGAAGAAAUCCAGAAGAAGCUGGAUGUGAAAAAGCUAGCUUCUGCUUCAAACAUGAUUAUUCGUGUGGCGGAUUUUGGGUGUGCGACUGGUCCAAACACCUUCGUGAAUGCACACAAGGUGCUUGAAGCAAUGAAACACAAGCACAAAAGCCAGUGUCCAAACACCGAAACAAACCCAGAAUUUCAUGUCUUCUUCAACGAUCUACCAUCCAACGAUUUCAACACCCUUUUCACCUCUUUGCCUCAAGAUAGAAACUUUUUUGCAUGUGGGGUUCCUGGUUCUUUCUACAAUCGCUUGUUCCCUCAAUCAUCCAUUCAUUUUGCAUAUUCAACUUACGCCCUGCACUUUCUUUCAAAGUCACCUGAAGUCGUGCAAGAGUUGAACGACCCUGCAUGGAACAAAGGUAGAAUUCACUACACAAGUGCUUCCGAGGAAGUGGUUGAUGCAUAUGCAACUCAAUUUGCUAGGGAUGCAGGGAACUUCUUGGAUGCUAGGGCUGUGGAACUUGUGCCAGGUGGCAUGUUGGUCAUAGUCAUGCAAGGUGUUCCCAAUGGCAUGCCUUAUUCUCACAUCAUCAAUGGUAUGUUGUUUGAUUGUAUGGGAUCUAUCCUCAUGGAGCUUUCCAAGGAGGGGCUAUUUGAUGAGUCUGAAGUUGAUUCCUUCAAUUUUCCUUACUAUGCACCAAGUCCAGAGGAGAUGAGAAAGGUUAUAGAAAAGAAUGGAAGGUUUAGCAUUGAAAGAAUGGAGCUAACAGAUCCAGCACCAUGGUUAAAGAGCAUGGAGCAGGUAAUACCUGAAUGGAUACUUCAUGUUAGGGCUGCAAUGGAACCAAUUUUCAUCACACAAUUUGGGAAUCAAGCCACACAUCAAAUGUUUCAACGCCUAACCAAACAACUGUUAGAUAAACGUCAUCUGCUCCAAACAAAAUACAGGGACAAAAUUCAACUUUUUCUUGUUUUAAAGAAAAAUUGAACUAUCUUUUAGGUUGUGCAUGCUUCAUUCAAUCUUGCUUUUAUCGAAUUCGAAUUAUCUACUCAUUUUUCUGUGUUAUUUUUCAGUUGUAUUUUC